AAUACCGUUUGGAGGGCAGAGUCCACGGCACGCUAAAAAUAACGAGUCGCUACUGUCGAAGCUGUCAUAUUUUGUGUUGAGCUCUGGUAGUCAACAUUUCAAACAGCAAGGCUCUCAAUAGAACUACCAACCUAUAACUUCGAUCAGUUCAGCUCUUUAUUGGCAUUCUUCAUCAAAAGACUUUGCUUUAUUUCUUUUCGUCGUCCAUUUCAAAGAGACUGACCAAAAAUGUCUGCUCCGGGUGUGCACGAACAAACUGAGCUGAAGCACUCCGUUAACGUUAUGGCGAGUUCUAUCCCAGGCAUGACCCACCACGUCGGGGCCCUGACACAAGCAUCGGUCAUGGGCAACGGCGGCCCGCCGGGCGGGGGAAGCAACAAGAACAACAACAAUCCCAACAACAACCCAGACAGAGUAAAGCGACCCAUGAACGCUUUUAUGGUGUGGUCAAGAGGACAACGCAGGAAGCUGUCGCAGGAAAACCCCAAAAUGCACAAUUCUGAGAUCAGCAAAAGGUUAGGAGCCGAGUGGAAGUUGCUGUCCGAGGACGAAAAGAGGCCGUUCAUCGACGAGGCAAAACGACUCCGAGCGGUGCAUAUGAAGGAGCACCCCGACUACAAAUACAGGCCACGCCGUAAGACGAAGACCCUGUUGAAGAAGGACAAGUUUUCCUUACCUGGUAUCAUCAACCCACAGACUGGGGCACCUGUACAGAGAGGAGUAGGAGAAGGUAUGCACGGCUACCAGCAUCUCAACGGCUACAUGAACGGGUAUCCAGGUAUGAUGCAAGACCAGCUAUCGCACCUCCCAUCGCAUUCCUACGGGGCACAUCAAGCUGCACAAAUGGCCAACAGUGGACUUCAUCACAGGUAUGACAUGGCCCAACUUGGGUACCCCCCUACGUGUAUGUCCACCACACACGCCGCUUCGUACCUCAGUCCCGUCGCUGCCAACUACUCGGCCGCCUACAGCCAAGCAGCCAUGAUGCACCAUGCACCGCCUGGCGCCUCCGUCGCCAAAUCGGAACAAGGGAACAUGCCCACAGAGCGAACGCAGUCAGCAGCCACCGCCGUCUCCUCCGGCCGACCGAUGCCCGGUGAUUUGUCGCUUCGCGAUAUGAUCAACACGUACCUCCCCGGCGACUCCAACGACCCUAACGUUCAACGUCAACAUGCUAUGCAACAGGCUGCCGCAGCGGUGUACCAUGGAAGCCAUGGAACCAGUGUCUCAUCUACAAGCGGCGGUGUUGGUGUAAAUGGUACCGUUCCACUCACGCAUAUGUAAGACUAAAAAAAUAAAAACUUAUAUCCUUUGACACAAGUACUGUUUUCAAGACAUUUUUUAAAGCUCGGAUUUCAUCCAUGAGCUCGAGAGAAAGAGUUAUCGUUGGGAAGAGAGUAACUGUUUAAAUCGUCUAAAAUUUGAAAGUUGACUCUAGCGAUCAAGCGAUUUUAUUGGCGAGGAGAGAAAGGAAAAUGAAGACUAGAAUCUUUUUUUGCUGCAGAGAGAAACUCUUUCCCCGCUAGUUGCCUUAUAUGCCUUGAAUUGUAAAAACAAUUUUGUACUUAAAAGAUGACCACGGUUUUUAAAAAUUGGCUACUUCUAAGGAAACCAACGCACGAAUCAAGCGCUCAACGCUCAAACAUUCUUGAUUUUGAACGAUUAAUUUGUAUAAAAUUGGACUUAUUCUUUCGUUGCCAAAUGUCUUGAUUUUUUUAAAAUUGUCAUUGAUUACUUUUGAUUUAUUUUCUAUUGUGCUUAAAUUCCAUAAAGAGUCGAGAUUAUAUCAGUUUUAUGUACAGCGUUUAUGUGACUUGACGAUUAGAUAUCAUUAUAAUGGAUAAUUAGCUAAUUUGUAUGUAUAUUUUGGCACGUUUUUUUUCUUUCUCGGGAAAUAUAGUUAUCAAGUUUGUAAAGACGCUACAUGUAUUGAGUUGCUCUACGCAGGCGUAAACGGAAUCAUGAAGAUACAUACCUUGAUUUUGUCCAGUUGAAACAAACAAAUUGUCAAUUUUUAGUCUUUUAUACUAAUUUAUACCACUUCGUUUUACAACGUGCGAAGAUGGAAAGUUAUAGUUUAUAGGAUAAUUAUACUGCCUUUAAUUAUGUUCAUGAUUUGCAAUCUUGCAGAAUCACUUGUAUUGACAAAACAGGCUGAAUUGUGUUAUAUAUACGGUUUCUUGACGUUUUAACAAAAAAACACGAAACCUUUUUGUUCCCGCUGUACUUUUUUAAACCAUGUUCCAUAUUAUGCUUUUCUUUAUACAAUGGGGGUAAAGAAACCUUGAUUUUAAAACGUUUCUGUCUGAUUCGCAAAUUCAAGUCAUCUACUUAAUUUGAUAUUAGAAUUUUGUUCAUCCGAAUUGACACGAGGCUGUUUAGCAUUUUCAUAUAUUAUUUUUAUACGAAAAUUCCUUCAUAUCAUGUGCAACAAUUCUCUUCUGUAUGGCUAAACGGGAUUAAUGUACUUAAUUUCAUUUGCUUCUUGUAUGCUUUAAUAUCUCGGAUAUCAGAAUGUGUUUGUAUGCAUUCGAAAGGCAAUUUUACACAUUUUUGGUGCACCUCUGUAAUCACAAUGAUACGUAUGAUUUAUCACUUUUUCCUAAGGAUAAAAGAAACCUUCCAUUUCCCAUAAAUUGCAUUAUAGGUGCUUUGCAAAAUUUACGAAGAAAUCGUUGCCAAGAAACAACCAUGUUUUUGUUAAUCGAGAAGGCUAUUUGGCUGACAGUUCAGUUUUUAUUUUCAAAUGGUAAAUCACAUGUAGGCGCUUGCCGAUAAAAUAUUGUUAAAGAAAUACUAAUCAUGAUUAUUUAAUUUACAAUAUUUCUCAUGGGUGCUUUGGGAGCUAGAAACCUUUUGGGUCCUUGAACUUUCAAAACUAUUAAUUUCGAUUGACUAUUUUUUCUUUUCUUUCUGUUUGUGUAUCUAUCUGGGGAAAAUCUACUUUUUGUUAUACUUUGUGAAAAAAAAAUAUGAAUAAAUAUGGCCGAAAAAAUUGCGGCGUUUUUGACGGUGUAAAA